AUGAGCACAGAUUUCGGGACCCUCACAGAGAUCCCUGGUCCCAAUGCAUAUGAUAUCUCUCGCGACGACGAGAAAAAACAGCAUAUGAAUGAUUCCUCGCCAGAUGAAGAUCCAUUUGGAAAUGAAGAGUGUGCCGAAGUAAAAUACCGCACCCUAGGAUGGUGGCCCUGUGGAAUACUAAUGGUGGCAGAAAAUGUGUCAAUUGGAAUCUUGUCCCUCCCUUCAGCUUUUGCAACGCUAGGACUUGUGCCGUCUAUUAUCAUCAUGAUCGGUGUAUCCUUCAUUGCAUGGUACACAGCCUACAUCAUCUAUCAGUUCAAGAUGCGCUAUCGUCAUAUUCAUAGCAUGGCGGAUGCCGGCGAGGUCAUCCUAGGCCGAUUCGGACGGGAGCUGUUGGGUGGCGGCCAGCUCAUCUUCUUGGUGUUCGUGAUGGGAAGUCAUAUUCUGACGUUCACUGUGGCCAUGAACACCAUCACCGAUCACGGCACUUGCACCAUCGUCUUCGGGAUUAUCGCGCUGGUCAUCAGCUGUGUUGGGAGCCUACCACGGACCAUGGGAAACGUGUAUUGGAUCUCGUUUGCAUCUUUUCUCAGCAUCGCCAUUUCGGUCAUUGUGACUAUGAUUGCCGUCGGGGUCGAGAACAAGGGCCAUGUUCAUCUUGAUGCUAUCACACACUACAGCUUCAAGACCGAGUUUCUAGCUGUCAGCAACAUCAUUUUCGCAUAUGUCGGACACGCCUCUUUCUUCGGUUUCGUCAGCGAGAUGGAAGACCCGCGGGAAUUCCCCAAGUCCAUCGCAGUCCUCCAAGUCAUCGACACCUCUCUUUACAUCGUCAGCGCGGUGGUGAUAUACCGCUUCGUCGGGGCAGAUGUUGCCUCGCCAGCCCUGGGAUCCGCAGGGCCGAUCAUGAAGAAAGUCGCCUACGGCCUGGCGCUCCCUACCAUACUGUUCGCAGGCAUCGUGAACGGCCACGUCGCCGCGAAGUACCUUUACGUGCGUCUCUUCCGAGGCACGAACCACAUGCACGAGAACACAUUGCUGGCCAAAGGAUCCUGGGUGGCUAUCGCGCUGAUUCUCUGGGUGAUCUCCUGGGUCAUUGCCGAGUCGAUCCCUGUCUUCAAUGACCUGCUGAGUCUCAUCACCUCCCUCCUCGGCUGCUGGUUCGGCUUCGGAUUCCCAGCCAUCUUCUGGUUCUACCUCAACAAAGGCAACUGGUUCGCCACGAAGUGGAAAUCCCUCCUCAGCCUCAUCAACCUCUGUAUCCUAGGAAUCGCAUUCGCAACCUGUGGUCUAGGACUCUACGUCGCCGGCGACGCAAUCAGCAGCCAUAGCAACGGCGCUGUAUGGACGUGUGCCAGCAAUGGAGUCUAG